AUGAGACAAUGAGCUAGAGACCAUAAGAGCGCCACGCUGUCUUUGCCUGGAGUGUAGAGAUAUCAUGGCUCCCAAACAAAUGAAUGGCAGGUGCUCAGUGUUCGGAUGUCAAAGUGACAAACUAAGUAGGCCUACAUUUGCAGCUCCUUCAUCCGAGUCUCUGAGGAACCAGUGGGUUCAUUUUGUUUUCGCUGGAAAUGCGCCGAUACGAAUUCCGAAAUGUGUGUUUGUGUGCGCCAAACAUUUCACCGACGACUGCUUCAUCAACUUGGGACAAUACAAAGCUGGAUUUGCUGAACUUCUGAAAAUGAAGCCUGGAUCAGUACCAACUCUCCUUGCCUCAGCUACAAACCGCGGACAAGGAUGUUGCAUGCCAGACGGACAACGUGGGAAGUUUGAAAACGCAGGCACACAGCUAUCCUUUAGGACUUUGCAGACCCACAUUAAAAGUGAAGGUAUCUACUCUCCACCUUGAGUACAUUUACUUUUGAUGUAGUUACUAGUGUUCUUUAUUCUGGCAUUUCUCUUUGCUUGCAUUAUGUGUUUUUUCAUUUGACUUGCCUUAGUAAAAUUCAUUGUUUGCACAGGUGUCCAGGCAACUGUGUUCUGCAAGGAUUUCGGUGUUGGCACAUCGAAUGCAGACCCUUUGUGCCUGUCAUCGACACCAAUAAGGAGACCAUCCAAAAGACCUCGGGUAGACCUUGAGGAAGAGCUGGAGGACAAUCCAUUGGAGAGAAGAUUCAUCCACUGCAACACCCAACGGCAAGAAAUACAUGGUGUACGAGAGCUGCAUCAUGGAGUUGUUUAAUGCAUGUCCAGUCUGCACGAGGGCAUGUGAAGUUACAACCCAAAGGCUGGGGACAUUCCUGUCUGUGAAGCAGCAGUGCCCCCAUUGCACAUUCGGUAGACGCUGGAAUAGCCAGCCUAUCCUUGGGAGCACGCCAGCUGGAAAUCUGCACCUUUCUGCCGCUGUGUACCUGAGUGGUGCAUCUUUCCUAAAAAUCGAAAAGGUCUUCAAGGCAAUGAAGCUACAGUUGUUUCGGUAUGAAACAUUUCGCCGCCAUGCCAAAAGUUUCAUUGAACCAGCAGUUAUUCACCAGUGGAAAGUCCUAAAUGAUUUGAAUCUGCAGCGGCUAAGUCAAGAGGAAAUAGUGAUACUUGGUGGUGACAUGAGAGCUGACUCUCCAGGUCACUCUGCAAAGUAUGGGAGUUACACAAUGAUGGAUCUCCAUACUAACCCCAUUGUGGACAUUCAGUUGGUCCAGAGCAACAAAGUUGGUGGUAGCACCCAUAUGGAGAAGGAGGGACUGAAGAGGAGUCUAGCCUUACUGGAGUCGCGUGGCGUCCACCUUGACUGCAUUGUCACUGAUCGUCAUCCUCAAGUACAGAAGUUCCUCAGGGAGAGAAACAUAACCCAUUACUACGAUGUCUGGCACUUUGCAAAAGGUAUUUCAAAGAAGCUGUUGGCAAUCAGUAAGCAGAAAGACGGUGAGAAACUCAAGAAGUGGAUGAAGAGCAUCAACAACCACAUAUACUGGACUGCAGCAGGCUCAACCUCCGGGCCAGAGAGAAUCGCAAAGUGGACCUCGAUCCUGAACCAUGUUCGAGAUGUCCAUGUACAUGAAGAUCCUCUUUACCCCAAGUGCGAGCAUGCGAUCCGCCAGACAAGUGACCGGAGUAAAUGGCUUCAAGCUGCAACUCCAACUUUCUCCAAGUUGGAGAAGUUGCUGACCAAUAAAAGGGCGCUGAAGGAUGUUGCAAAACUGAGCCCCCACCACCAAACUUCAUCUUUGGAGGCUUUCCAUGCGGUUAUUCUUCGUUUUGCCCCCAAAAAUGUUGUCUUUCCCUUUAUUGGAAUGCUGUGCAGACUCUACCUGGAUGCUAUGCAUUCAAAUUACAAUGUGGACCGACCACAGGCCGAAACAAAGGAAGGAGUACCGAUUUAUAAAAUGUCCUUUGCAAAGGCUAGGAAGGGAGCUAAACCACAAAAAACACAGCAGACCUUUGGUUACGUUGAUGACAUCAUGGAUGUCAUUUUUGAGGAAGUCUUUCCCAACCCUACGCCAUACACCGAGGCCCUGUUGGAGAUCCCUGUUCCAGAGCCCCUAACGGCACAGUAUGAGAAGCCUGACAAGGAGGCGGUCAUCAGCAGCCUUGUGUCAAGGUUCAAACGGGGGGAUGUUUAAAACCGACAUAGUGGCCUUCCUCAGCAGGAAACUCAACGCGGAUACGCAGGACCACACAAGCUGGAAUCACAACCCGGAUACGGCGUCCCAGGUGGCCCCAGCACCAGCUCACAAAGGAACGAUAGGAGAGAUACCUGUAGCGACUGAACAAUUGAUCCAGAGAUUAAGUCUUGCAGAGAUUUAUCAUUGCUUUGUGUUAUGAAAAUAAAUAUUACUAUGCUCCUAUGGCUGGUUUGUUCUGUAACUAUUUAAGUUGUUUUUUUUAGCUUGGAUAUAAAUACAUCUUCACAAAAUUAGGCACAAGAUUGAGAACAACUUCAUUUAUUUGAUUAAAUUCUGUAACAAUGCACAACUUACUUGUGUAUUCUUCUCAAAUUUAGAGGACCAUAGUCGGCUCUAUAUAUUUGGCUGGAAUUCUGAAUAGAGUAAACAUUUAGGCAGACCGGCUCCAAUCCAGGAUGGUCAACCAUACACGUUAGCUGUAGUUCGACCUCCCGUAGUCUUCUAGUAACCUAAUUAGAAUUUGAAAGGGUAAGUUUUAUUUUUAUGCAUUGUGUCAAAUGAAGAGACAAAGUAGUUUCCAAUUUAGUGGAGAGUGCUACCUGCGGUAUCUCCAUGCAGCAAAUAUUCUCCGCUUCUGUGGGCAUGGACGCACAUUUUCCACAACGGCACCUAUCCAUAAAAUAAAGGUAGAUGUAAUAAUGGCAGAGGUCUGACUAUAGUGGCUCUGGUUAGUGUCUAUAGCUAUACAUAUGACAGUGGACAAGCUGAUGUUAGACGUAAAUCUUCACGAGUAAAUCAUGGGUUAUGUGUAACAUGACUUCAAUAUAGGUUGAAAUUAACCCAUCAAAUGAGCCAGUGACUUCUCUAAACUACAAAGAUGACUGAUAUAGAUGCUAAUAUAACGUAACGGUAGCAAAUCAGCAACUUUGACAGCCAACAACGUAGGCUAGCGUUAGCACAUGAUAAUAACUAACCGCAUACAUAAACAAACCAACUAAAGUACCGUAUCCAGACACAAUAUUUUCAAUUACCAUUCAGAGACGUCCUGCUGUAGCCGCUGAGUAGGCCUACCAACUUCUUCAGGUGCUUCGGAAUCCGGAUCCGAUUCUGGGUCAAACUGAAACGCUUGAACGACUGGGUUUCUACGAGCCAUUGCGAUGUAAACAGAGCGCACGUGGCUGCAAGCUGCUCAGGGCCACACCCCCACCCUGCUCAGGGCCACAUCCCCACCCUCCUCCUUGACACGCCCACCGAAACAGCGCAUUUGGGGGAAGCUCAAUGUGCGACUGGCUCGGAGUGGCUGUAACUCUGCACCACGGCUGAAUUUCGGGAACGUCGGAAAAGUUGCCCACUAAUACCUAUAUUAAAGAAU